AUGGCUUCUACCUCGUCGAAAGUCGGGCAUGGUCUGGCUAAGGUUCUGGGUAUCAAGCUUGAUCAACACAACCCCCCAGAGGAAGUUUUGACUCGGGGUGAAUCAGCCUAUUCUGUCGAUACUGCCGACACAUACUACGAUUCAGAGCCCACAACGGCAGAGUGGCUACAUGACCUCGUUCCUGGUCGCUCAGCCGUAAUCAGCUAUUUCAGAGACCUCUUCCCAUUUACGAGAUGGAUUAUGCGAUACAAUUUAGUAUGGUUGACAGGAGACUUGGUGGCAGGUAUCACCGUUGGCUGUGUUGUCGUUCCACAAUCUAUGGCAUAUGCCAGGUUAGCUGAGCUACCUGUCGAGUUCGGCUUGUACUCUUCCUUCAUGGGAGUCCUUAUCUAUUGGUUCUUCGCUACUUCAAAAGAUAUCACGAUCGGUCCUGUCGCAGUCAUGUCGACACUAGUCGGCAACAUUGUCGUGCGAGUCCAGGACCAACGUCCUGAUAUCCCUGCUUGGCAAGUUGCUAGUGCUCUAGCCAUUGUCGCUGGUGGUAUCAUUUGUUUCUUGGGCCUUAUUCGUUGUGGCUGGCUCGUUGAGUUCAUUCCGCUUACUGCUAUUUGUGCCUUCAUGACAGGAUCGGCCAUUAACAUCGCUGCCGGUCAAGUUCCUGGUAUGAUGGGUAUCUCAGUCAAAGGAUUCAACACUCGCGAUUCAACUUACAGGGUCAUCAUCAACACACUCCGAUACCUUGGCCAUACAAAACUCGAUGCCGCUAUGGGUCUUAGUGCUUUGGUAAUGCUCUAUCUGAUUAGAGGCUUCUGCAACUUCAUGGCAAGGAAACAACCUCAAAGACAGAAGGCAUGGUUCUUCACCGCAACCUUACGAACAGCUUUUGUCCUUCUGUUGUACACUAUGAUUAGUUGGCUCGUACAACGGCAUCAUAGAAAGAGCCCAACCUUCAAAAUCCUGGGCAAAGUUCCACGAGGCUUCCAACACGCGCAGGUUCCCGUUGUCAAUAGCGAAAUCAUCUCACUCUUUGUAAGUGAGUUGCCUGCCACCGUCAUUGUCCUAUUGAUCGAGCACAUCGCCAUCUCUAAGUCUUUCGGUCGCAUCAACAACUACACUAUCGAUCCUUCGCAGGAGCUCGUUGCAAUUGGUGUUACGAAUCUUCUCGGCCCAUUCCUCGGUGGCUAUCCAUCGACAGGAUCCUUUUCACGAACCGCAAUCAAAUCUAAGGCUGGUGUCCGUACUCCACUUGCCGGUGUCAUAACCGCUGUCGUGGUCUUGCUUGCAAUUUACGCCCUGACUGCUGUGUUCUUCUACAUACCGAGCUCGGCACUCUCUGCAGUCAUCAUUCACGCAGUGCUGGAUUUGAUCACUCCACCUAACACCGUCUACCAAUUCUGGCGAGUCAACCCACUCGAGACGAUCAUCUUCUUUGCAGGUGUUCUAGUCACAAUCUUCACCACCAUCGAGAAUGGUAUCUACACCACAGUCUGUAUUAGUGUCUUUGUCCUGCUGUUCCGUGUCGUCAAGGCACGAGGACAGUUUGUCGGCAAGGUCAAGAUCCACUCUGUCAUUGGCGAUCAAUACUUGGAAGACAAGACACAAACGAACUCAACAGACCCCGCCAAGUUCUACGAUGACGAUGUUGCCAUCAGAGACACCUUCCUGCCCAUUGACCACACUGACGGCAGCAAUCCCUCAAUUCAGGUCGAAUCACCGUACCCAGGUGUCUUUAUCUAUAGAUUCACCGAAGGUUUCAACUACCCCAAUGCUAACCACUACCUCGAUUAUCUUUCACAAUAUAUCUUCCAGCAUACCCGACGUACCAAUCCAGCUGCUUGGGGACGUCCUGGCGAUAGACCAUGGAAUAAUCCUGGUCCUAGACGAGGAAAGACUGAGGAUGAUCGUUCUCACCUUCCCACACUCAAGGCUGUGAUCCUUGACCUGUCCGCGGUCAACAACGUCGACGUCACUAGCAUUCAGAUCCUGAUCGACGUACGCAAUCAGCUUCAACGUUAUGCUGCACCAGACGUCGUACAGUGGCAUUUCGCUUCAGUCCGCAACCGAUGGACCAAGCGUGCCUUGGCAUCCGCAGGCUUCGGCUUCCACACUGGACCGAACGAUGAGACCCACCGAUGGACUCCGAUCUUCAGUGUUGCUGAGAUCGGUGGCUCUUCUUCAGCUGCUGCUCAAGCUGACCGAGAAGCACAUCAAGGCAUCUCUGGAAUCCGUACUCGCGAUGAAGAGGCCAACAACAAAAUCACCGAUGAAAAGAUCGCCCCUGCUAGUUCUAGCAGCUCUAGUGACGACCUUCAGAAGGAGGUUGGAAAGAGCAAGGUGUACAGCGCACCACGUAAGGCGGUCGUACAUGGUCUGAAUAGGCCCUUCUUCCAUCUUGACCUUACCAGCGCUUUACAAGCAGCCAUUGCCAACGUUGAAGCAGACAAACAGGCUGGUCGGACUUACAGCACAAGCAUUGGUCUGCGGUAG